GGCUCCUGGGAUGCCCUGGCCCUUUGGGCGGAGUUUUGCCCGCGUGGGGCUGAUGGGGAAAGAUGGAAUUUCUUGGAACCACUCAGACAGCCAGUUACUGUGGCCCCAAGAAAGACUGUGGUUUGCAGGUGCUGCCUCCUGCUGGGCAGAGCCCUGUGGUACAGGAGUGCUACCAACCCUAUCAUCUGCCCGGGUACCGCUACCUGAAUGCGUGGAGACCCAGCAUCUUCUACAAGAUCGCCACCACCCAGACAUGCCCAGAGGAAUGCCAAGGUGUCCGGCGUCCACCCACCAUCCUGCCCUCGCUCCGCUCCGCGCUCUUCUGUCGGUACACCCCACGCGACUGGGAUCGCUCCAACGAGCUGCAGAUCAGGGGCGCAGAGGCUUCGCGGCUCUGGGCCAGCCGGCUGACGGGCGACUCCUUGCGGAUCAUGCAGGAUAAGGACCAGCUAACACGCCAGAUGCAGGAAGGUACAUCUAGGAACCUCGGCCAGAGGCUAUCUGACAUCGGCUUCUGGAAGUCGGAGUUGUGCUAUGAGCUGGACAGGCUUCUGUCAGAGAACAACAGCAUGGACACCAUCAAGAGGCGUUUGGAGUGCGCAGCCCAGGAGGUGAACUGUCCCCUGCAGGUGGCCCUGGAGUGUCUGUACAAUCGGGAGAAAAGGAUCGGAAUUGACCUGGUCCAUGACAACGUGGAGAAAAACCUUAUCCGGGAAGUGGAUUUACUAAAAUGUUGCCAAGAUCAGAUGAGAAAACUAGCUAAACGAAUCGAUUUCCAGAUGCGAGAUAACCGAGAUGCUCAGCAUGCCCUGGAGCGGGACGUUGAGGACAAGAGCUCAGCCCAGUGUAUUGACGAGAGGUGCUUUAAUCUAAGGAACACAUCCGAUGGCAUCGCCUUCUUCCAUGGCAUGGAGAAGUUUGAUGGAACGGUCACUGUUCCUGAAACUUGGGCCAAGUUCAGCAAUGACAACAUCAGACACUCUCAGAACAUGCGGGCCAACUCCAUCCGACUUCGAGAGGAGGCAGAGCACCUGUUCGAGACCUUGUCGGACCAGAUGUGGAGGCAAUUCACUAACACCAACCUGGCCUUCAAUGCUCGCAUCUCGGAGGAGACAGAUGUGAAGAAUAAGCUGCAGACACAACUGGCUAAGACACUGCAGGAGAUCUUCCAGGCAGAGAACACUAUGAUGCUGCUGGAGAGAGCCAUCAUGGCCAAGGAGUGCCCACUGAAGGUGGCCCAGACCAGGCUGGCAUGCAGGACCCGACGGCCCAAUGUGGAGCUCUGCAGGGACAUACCACAGUUCAAGCUCGUGAACGAGGUCUUCACCAUAGACGACACUCUACAGACGCUCAAGCUGAGGCUUCGAGAGACGCAAGACACACUGCAGCUACUGGUGAUGACCAAGUCGCGGCUGGAGCACGAGCUGGCCAUCAAAGCCAACACCUUAUGCAUCGACAAGGAGAAGUGCAUGCGCAUGCGCAAGACCUUCCCCAGCACGCCCCGCCUGGUGGGCUACACUUGUGCUGGCAUCUGCGCAGGCCCUUGCGCCAGCCUCGCCCCUUGUGUCAGCCCCGCCCCCUGCGGCAGAUCCUCCUCUUGCGGCGGCUCAGCACUUUGUGGAGGUCCCGCCCCUUGUUGUGGCCCCGCCUCUUGCAGCGGUUCCGCCCCAUGUGGGAGCUCAUCGAUCUGUGGAGGCUCUAUGUCUGGUUCCUGUCCAGGCUCCUGCUUUGCACCGGUGUGUUAAAUGGCAUAACGUUGG